GAUGUCGAUGCCUGCCAAAGUCAGUUCCUAUCGAACAAGAUCGAGUCCAAGUUCGUUUUGCUUACUAAGAUCUGACCUCCAUUGAAUUCUGCCCUCUUUCGUUUCCUUUCCUUGCCAAACUAUUAUUCCUCCUAAAAGGCCCAAUCCAUGCAGUCGCAGACCCACUGCUUUUCCAAUGAAAUGCUCCCCCCCUCUCCCCUGAGCUUUAAAGCGUCGAACCUGUUCGCAUUCUCCAAGCAUUUGCAGAGAUUCGGCGGCUGCUUUAGCAGCAGGAGCAGGAGCUGCCCUUCUCUCAUGGCCUCUUUAUCCACUGUUCCCGGCGAGAAGGCGGCCGUCGUGGAACAUGACGAUUCGAAGAAGGUUACCACUAAGCCAUUACAGGUUGCAAAGCGCCUGGAGAAGUUCAAAACCACGAUAUUCACCCAGAUGAGUUCCCUUGCCAUCAAACAUGGAGCAAUAAACCUUGGCCAAGGGUUCCCCAACUUUGACGGGCCCGACUUUGUGAAGCAGGCAGCUAUUCAAGCAAUCAAUGAGGGGAAGAACCAGUAUGCCCGUGGCUACGGGAUUCCUGACUUCAAUGCCGCUAUAGCUGAACGGUUCAAGAAGGACACCGGCCUCGUGAUUGACCCCGAGAAGGAAGUCACUGUUACAUCCGGGUGUACAGAAGCCAUUGCAGCCACCAUGCUGGGCCUGAUAAACCCAGGGGAUGAGGUUAUCCUAUUCGCUCCCUUCUACGAUUCAUACGAGGCCACCCUGUCCAUGGCUGGUGCGGAUAUAAAAUGCAUCACUCUCCGCCCGCCAGACUUUGCAGUCCCGCUUGAUGAGCUCCGGUCCAAGAUCUCAAAAAAGACACGUGCGAUCCUCAUAAACACCCCACAUAAUCCUACGGGGAAGAUGUUCACAAGAGAUGAGCUCAAUGAGAUUGCAUCCCUAUGCAUUGAGAACGAUGUCUUGGUCUUCACUGAUGAGGUGUAUGAUAAGUUGGCCUUUGAAAUGGAGCACAUCUCAAUGGCUUCACUUCCUGGGAUGUUCGAGCGGACAGUGACGAUGAAUUCCCUAGGCAAGACAUUCUCGCUGACCGGGUGGAAGAUUGGGUGGGCCAUAGCGCCCCCUCACCUGAUUUGGGGGGUGAAGCAGGCCCACGCAUUCCUUACUUUCGCUACCUCCACCCCAAUGCAGUGGGCUGCCACGACUGCACUGCGCGCCCCAGAUUCGUAUUACGAGGAGCUCAAGGGGGAUUACCUAGCAAAGAAGCAGAUCCUCGAACAGGGCUUGAAGGAUGUUGGCUUCACAGUUUUCCCCUCUAGUGGGACCUACUUCAUUGUGGUGGACCACACGCCUUUCGGGCUAAAGAAUGACAUUGAGUUCUGCGAGUACCUGAUCAAGGAGGUUGGGGUCGUGGCGAUCCCGACUAGCGUCUUCUACUUAGACCCGGAGGAGGGGAAGAAUCUGGUGAGGUUCACAUUCUGCAAGGAUGAGGGAACCCUCAGAUCUGCUGUUGAGAGGAUGAAGGAGAAGCUGAAGAGAAAAUGAACCUGAAGCAUCUCCCGGAUCAACAUGAUCCGUAUGGCCUCAUUAUGUCUUCGUCCAAUGCUCGGAAGUUGAUGGCAUUUGAUGAUCGAAAUUGGGUCUUGGGGUUAGUCAUAUUAUUGAUGAUACAUUUUGAGGACUCUUAAGAAUUGGGUGUGUUUGGAUUUUAAUUUUUUUUUUUAACUCAACUCAAUUCAAUUUCAUUUAUUUUCAAUUCAACAAUACAAUUAUUACUUAAUUAUUACUUUA